AUGGGUAAAGACGAUAUUUCACCUUCAAAAGACCACGGCAAAUCACAUGUCGAUUCAUCGAAUCCUCAUACAUCCGAAAUGUCAAAAUCAGACCUUUCUAAUCCUUAUUACACCCAUCAUUCGGAUCAUCCAGGGCUAGUCCUAAUCUCUAAACCUCUGAAUGGAGACAAUUAUGCAGGAUGGAAGAGGGCUAUGACUUUAGCUCUGAAUUCCAAGAACAAGUUGGGUUUUGUGAAUGGUACAAUAACGGCUCCCUCAGAAGAGACUGAUUUAGAAGGAUAUGCUACUUGGUCACGUUGCAAUGAUAUGGUCCACUCAUGGAUCAUUAACACAUUAGAUCCAGAAAUCAGUGACAGUGUCAUCUACUAUCCUACCGCUCAAGAAGUAUGGGAAGACCUUCAUGAACGGUUCUCUCAAGUCCGUAAAGCAUAUGCAGCGGUUGCUCAGGAUGAGAAGCAACGUUCUCUUUAUGCUUCUCAUCUCACUACAGAAUCCUCAAGCGCCGUAAUGGCCGUGCGCAAUCCAGGAAGAUCCAAUUACAAUUCAGGAAGAGGGGGACGUUUUGAGAAGAAUGAUCGCCAAAACCAACAUCUGAAUCGUAGUUUUGGGUCCCAGGAAGGACGCCGUGUUGACACAGAACGGCGUCAAGGAUCCGGCAGGGGGAGACCGCAUUAUACCUACUGUGGAGAUCAGGGUCAUUGGGUACAGACUUAUUAUCAAUUAAUUGGGUAUCCCCCAUGUCAUCCUAAAGCAAAACAGGGCACCGGUUUUUCGAAGCAGUCAAGAGCGGCAAUGCCUUCAGCAAAUCAGGUUAGUGAAGCAGUUGAAGAUGGUAAUGGGCCAACGGUGACUCUCACUGAAGCCCAGUUUAAACAGUUUAUGGCUGCCCUUAGUAAUCCGACUUUGAAGCCCGAUUCAAAUGCCAGCUCAGGUUCCAAAGCUAAUGUCGUGACAAAACCAGGUUUGUCUAAAGUUGUUUCCCGCGAUUGGAUCAUUGACAGCGGUGCGACCAAUCAUAUUACUUCUUCUACUCGAUUAUUGCAUAAAAAUAAUAAUUGCUCAUUACCACCCGUUUUAUUGCCUAGUGGAGAUGAAGUUGACAUUGUUGCAAAAGGAUCAAUACCACUGAGUACCAUGUUUUAUCUUCAUGAUGUGUUAUCUGUGCCUAAAUUUAAAGUCGAUUUAUUAUCGGAUCUAGCUAUGAGGAGAACGAUUGGUUUGGAUGAACAAUGCAACGGAUUAUAUUAUUUGAUGGCAUUAGCGACGGAGAAGUCCAAAACCAGACACCUUCCUUUUCCAUCGCACGCCCAGCUUGUCAUCUUACCAUCACCUCCAUCGAUUUAUGGCACAAUCGCUUAG